ACACACAGACACACACACACACACACACACUAAACUUACCCCUCAUCCAUCUUUUGACUCUCUUCUGCUUCUUCUUCUUCUUCUUCCCGGCAGCCCGGGGCCCCCUGAAUACCCCCUUAAAUAAAUCCCCUAAUAAAUUCUUUAAUUCAAAAAGAACGAAAAAAAAGAGCAAAAAUCCUCCGAUCACCGAGAAUUCGAUUGAAUUAUGGCGACGGAGAUGGCUCAGAUGGAUCCAGAAGGAAUCGACGGAGUUCGGAUGACGUGGAACGUCUGGCCACGGACCAAAGUCGAAUUGAGCAAGUGCGUGAUCCCACUCGCGGCCUCGAUCUCUCCGAUCCGAUCUCAUCCCGACGUCCUCACCCUCCCAUACCCGCCGCUCAAGUGUAAAACCUGCACCGCCGUCCUCAACCCAUUUUGCCGCGUCGAUUUCCAAGGUCUAGUUUGGAUCUGCCCGUUUUGUUUCUCUCGGAAUCAUUUUCCCCAGCAUUACAACGCAAUUUCGGAGACGAAUAUGCCCGCCGAGCUCUACCCCCAAUUCACCACCAUUCAGUAUACCCUCCCCACCCUGCAGCCGAUUCAUCACCAUCAAAACCCUAAUCAAAACCCUAACUUUUUCGAGCCGAAUUCGGCUGUUUAUUUGUUCGUUUUGGAUACUUGUGUCCUCGAGGAGGAAUUGGAGUUUGCGAAAUCGGCGUUGAAAAGGGCUAUUGGGAUGUUGCCUGAUAAUGCUUUGGUUGGGUUUAUAUCGUUUGGGACGCAGGUGCAGGUUCACGAGCUGGGGUUUUCGGAAUUGUCUAAGGUGUAUGUUUUUAGAGGGUCUAAGGAUUUGACGAAAGAUCAGGUUUUGGAGCAGUUGGGACUUGGUGUUAUUGGGGCAGCACGACGGCCAAUGCCUGGAAUUCAGAGAGUUGGAGGUAGCCCUGUAGGAAUGCCGAAUCCCGGUUUUUCUAGAUUCCUGUUGCCUGCUUCUGAGUGCGAAUAUACGCUCAAUUCGCUAUUGGAUGAGUUGGGGACGGAUCGAUGGCUGGUGCCACCUGGGAGCAGGUCGUUACGGUGUACAGGAGUUGCAUUGAGUGUUGCAGCUGGUUUGCUUGGAGUUUGCGCAGCUGGUCAAAGCGCAAGAAUUGUUGCUUUAGUUGGUGGACCAUGUACUGAAGGGCCAGGAGUGAUUGUUUCCAAGGAUCUAUCAGAUCCAGUUCGUUCACAUAAGGAUUUAGACAAGGAUGCUGCACCAUUUUUCAAAAAAGCUGUUCAUUUCUAUGAAGAGCUAGCUAAGCAACUUGUCAGUGAGGGUCAUGUCUUGGAUGUUUUUGCAUCUGCUCUUGAUCAGGUUGGGGUUGCUGAGAUGAAGGUUGCCAUUGAAAAAACUGGUGGACUUGUUGUUUUAGCUGAAAGUUUUGGUCAUUCAGUAUUUAAAGACUCUUUCAAACGACUUUUUGAAGGUGGAGAACAGUCUCUUGGUCUUUCCUAUAAUGGCACACUCGAGAUAAACUGUUCAAAGGACAUCAAAAUCCAAGGUGUCAUUGGACCUUGCACAUCUUUGGAGAAGAAAGGGCCUUCUGUUGCCAGUACGGUUGUUGGAGAAGGGAACACUACAUCUUGGAAGUUGUGUGGCCUCGAUAGGAAUACUUGCUUGACUGUUUUCUUUGAUAUAUCGUCAAGUGAAAAAUCAGAUCCAUCAGGAUCAAAUCCUCAAUUAUUCCUACAGUUCCUUACAAGCUACCGGAGCCCUGAAGGCCAAUCGCUGUUGAGAGUUACAACUGUUACCAAAAGAUGGGCGGAUAGUGCUCUUGGCACAGAGGAGUUGGUCCAAGGGUUUGACCAAGAAACUGCUGCUGUCAUAGUGGCCAGAUUUGCUUCUUAUAAAAUGGAGAAUGAGGAUGGUUUUGAUGCCACACGGUGGUUGGAUCGGAAUCUGAUUCGUCUUUGUGCCAAAUUCGGUGACUACCGGAAGGAUGACCCGUCCUCAUUUACAUUAAAUCCCUCUUUUUCAUUGUUUCCUCAAUUCAUGUUUAAUCUGCGGCGUUCACAAUUUGUGCAGGUAUUUAAUAACAGUCCAGAUGAGACGGCAUACUUCCGCAUGUUGCUCAACCGGGAGAGCAUAAGCAACUCCGUUGUUAUGAUUCAACCAUCACUGAUGGCAUAUUCUUUCCAUUCAUUGCCCACACCUGCUUUGUUGGAUGUGGCAUCAAUUGCAGCUGAUCGUAUUCUGUUGUUAGAUACAUACUUCAGUGUUGUAAUUUUCCAUGGGAUGACGAUAGCUCAGUGGAGAAACAUGGGCUACCAGAAUCAACCAGAACACCAGGUAUUUGCACAAUUCUUGCAAGCUCCUCAAGAAGAUGCCCAGACAAUUAUUCGUGAUCGGUUCCCCACACCCAGAUUGGUGGUUUGCGAUCAGCAUGGGUCACAGGCAAGAUUCCUACUGGCAAAGUUGAACCCGUCAGCUACGUACAAUAAUGCGCAUGAGAUGGCAGCUGGAACAGACAUAAUCUUCACCGAUGAUGUGAGUCUUCAAGUGUUUUUUGAGCAUCUUCAGCGGCUGGCAGUGCAAUCUUCUUGAGAGAAAUGAUCGGACCCUUGAGAUUAGUAUGUAAUGAUUCUUGAUUUUGUAAGAAUUCCAGAAUGAGAUGAGAUGUUACUCUCCCUUGGUAUCCUUGUGCUUCAAUUUGUGUUCAUUCCUUUCUUUCCAGUCAUUCAUGAAAUGAGAGGUCGGACCUAAAUUAAAUUAUUUGAACAAUAAGGAGCCAUCAUUCUUUGGUGUGUCAGGCGGCAUUGGCUUCUUUGAAAGUAAGGGGCCCAAAAGCUUUAUGUUGAAGAUGUUUUGGAAGGGCGAGUGAGCAUACAGGUUAAGAGAGGCAUCUGUGUUCUCAUGGAGUGCUGCUUAGGAAGAUCGCAGCUACAUUUUGCCUUUUGUGGUUGUAAUUUAUCAUCCAGGUUUAGAUUUUGUGUUGUAUUGAACUUCUGUACUUUUAAUUGCUCCAGCGCUCUAGGUUGAAAAUCCUGGAACAUUUUGAUUAUUUUGACAGUUCUAUAGCAUUUGAAAUGUAGCAUAUACACAUGCACUUUGGAAGGUUCUGCAGGCUGUCUCAGUCAAUUCACCUUUGCUAUGAAGUUCUUUUGCUGCUUUUCUACCAA